AUGGCAGAAGAAGUUGAUUAUUCUUCUUUACCUUUAGAAGAAAGAUUAAUUCAUAAAGUAUGGAACGUUAGAAAAGAGUCAUAUGAAGAAAGUAUCAACUUAAUUGAAUCAUCAAGAAAUGAAUCAGAUUCAAUUUUUCAAACUUUACAACCAGAUUCAUUUAAAUCAAUAUUAUCAGAUUCAAAUGUUGUAUCAUUAGAAACAGGUUAUUCAUUAUUUAUUAAAUAUUUACAAGUCACUAGUAAUCAACAAAUUUGUCUAAAAUUAAUUAAAAAUUGUAACGUUAUAAAUUUAAUUUGUGAAAAAGGUUUAUCAUCAACAAGACCAAAGACAAAAGAAUAUUCAAUAGAAUCGAUAUUAUUAUUAAUUGAAAAUUUAAGUAAUGAACAAUAUUCAAAUACUAUAAUUGAAGAAAUUAUUCCAUAUUUAUCAAAUAAAUUACCAAAAUUAGUAUGUGGUUGUAUUCAAGCUUUAACUAAAAUCAUUGAAAAUUAUGGAUGUAAAUUAAUUAAACCAAGUUUAAUAGUUGAAAAAUUAUCAAAAUUAUUUAGUCAUAGUGAUAAAAAUGUUAGAAAUGAAACUACUAAAUUAUCAAUUGAAAUUUAUAAAUGGAUGAAAGAUCAAUUAAUUAAUUUAUUAUUUCAAGAUUUAAAACCAAUUCAACAAAAGGAUUUAACUAAAGAAUUUGAUAAAAUUAAAGAUGAAGUACCAAAACAAAAGAGAUUAACAAAAUUGCAAAGGGAAAAAGAAGAAGAAGAAGAAAGAAAACAAGAAAGUGAACAAGUUGAACAACAAGGAGAAAAAGAUGAUGUUGAAAUGGUUGAUUCUUAUGAUCCAUUAGAAUUUGUUGAUCCAGUUGAAAUUUUAAAUAAACUACCAAAUGAUUUAGAAUCAAGAAUUACAUCAACUAAAUGGAAAGAUAGAAAAGAGGUUUUAGAUGAAGUAUUACCUAUAUUAGUAAAAGCACCUAAAUUAUCCACAAAAGAUGAUUAUAGUCAAAUAUUAAGAAUUUUUGCAAAAUGUAUGAAAGAUUCAAAUAUUCAAGUUGUUCAAUUAUCAGCAAAUUGUAUUGAAUCAAUAGCCAAAGCUUUACAGAAUAAUUUUAAUAAAUAUCAACCAAUUGUAUUACAACCAGUAAUGGAAAGAAAUAAAGAAAAGAAACCAGUUGUUGCACAAGCAUUAGAUUCAUUAUUAGAUACAAUUUUCAAAUUAUCAACCUUGACAAAUAUUCUUGAUGAAAUUCUUAAUGGUAUGAAAUUAAAAGUUCCACAAAAUAAAAUAUCAUCUACAAAUUAUUUACAAAGAUGUUUAAUGAAUACAAAAAUUGCACCCAAAUCAAAUGAAGUUGAUUGUAUAAUGGAAAUCGGAUUAAAAUUAUUAAAUGAGUCACAAGAACCAAUUAGACAAGCAGCUAUUGAAAUGAUUGGUACAUUAAUGAAGAUAACUGGACAAAGAGAAUUGAAUCAGUUUUUAGAAAAAGUUGAUGAAAAUAGAAAGAAUAAAAUAAUUGCAUUUUAUGAAAAAGUUGAAGUUAAAUCAAGUAUGAAAAAAUCAUCAUCAUCAUCUACAAGACCAUCAACAUCAAAUUCAAUAAAUUCAAUAGCAUCAGAACCUAAACCAAGAAAGAUACAACCAUCAACAACAUCAACUAUUCCUUCAAAAAGAUUAGCUACUUCGCCAGCAAAAAGAGAAGAUAAACCAAGAAGUUUAGCAUCAAGAUCAUUAUCUAAACCAGUACCACAAUUAAAAAAUUCUUCAUUAUUACCACCACCUACUACUAAAUCAUCAACAACUUCAACUUCAUCAUCAUCAUCAUUUAAUAAUAUUCAACAACAAUCAAUAGUUGAAGAAAAAUUAAAAGAAAUUGAAAAUUUAAAACAACAAUUAAUACAAUCACAAUUGGAAAAUCAAAAUUUAAAUAAUUCAAUAUUAAUGAUUAAUAAUGAAAAUGAAGUAUUAAAAAAAGAGAUUGAAAAUUUAAAAAAUCAAUUUGUUAAUGAUCAAAGAUUUUUACAAAUUGAAUUAAAACAUAAAGAAACUCAUAUAAAUAAUUUAAGUAAUGAAUUAGAUAAAGCAAAUUAUAAAAUAAAGGAUUUGGAACAAGAAAGAGAAAUUAAUAAAUUACAACAAUCAAAUAGAAAAUCAGCAAUUACGGCAGCAUCAAAUGAACAAAAUCAUCCACAACAACAACAACAGCAACAACAACAACAAAGAAGCCCAUUAUAUAAAUACCAAGAUAGUAGUAAUAGUGGUUUGAAUAGAAUCGCAAAUGAUAUAAAUUCAGGAGUUAAACGAUUAUCAAUAGAUGAAGAACAAUUGAAAGAAAAUCAAACAAAGGAUAUAAUUAAUAAUGCAAAUACUACAAAUAAUAAUAAUAAUAAUAAUAAUAAUAAUAAUAAUAAUAAUAAUAAUAAUAAUACUAUUGGAUCUUCAAUAUUUCAACAGAAUCAAGUACAAACUAAAGUAAUGGAUGUUGAAAGUGGAGAUGAUUGGAAAAGAGCUGCUGAAGUAACAAUGCAAUUAAAAGCAAGAAUAGAAAGAAUGAAACAAAGAACAAGAAAUCCUUUGAAUUUGGAUUGA